AGUUUUCCCGAAUCCGAUUUUAAGCGGGUUAGAAAAGUUCAUCCGUACGAUCGAACCGGCCGGUCCGACACCUUUAUUUUUGUACCGUAACCGAAACACCGCCCUCCCCAAAAAUUCCCGUAAAGCCCCUCUUCCGUCAGUCCUUUGUCAAACACACUUCAACCCCCUUCUCCCUCUCUCUCUCUCUCUCUCUCUCUCUCUCUCUCUCCUCCUUGACCCUCUUUCGACUCUCCAAAAACCCUUGUCCGAACUCGAGUGAAAACACUCCACGGCAAUGGACUUCGAAGAAGAAGAAGAGUACGACCCCACGAUGGAAGACGAAGAAGAGGAGAUCACCCAGGAAGACGCCUGGGCCGUAAUCAGCGCGUACUUCGAGGAGAAGGGUCUGGUGCGGCAGCAGCUCGAUUCCUUCGACGAGUUCAUCCAGAACACCAUGCAGGAGAUCGUCGACGAGUCGGCCGACAUUGAGAUUCGCCCCGAGUCGCAGCACAACCCCGGCCACCAGUCCGAUUUCGCUGAGACCAUCUAUAAGAUCAGCUUUGGUCAGAUAUACUUGAGUAAGCCUAUGAUGACAGAGUCGGAUGGAGAAACUGCGACUCUGUUUCCAAAGGCUGCGAGGUUGAGAAAUCUAACAUACUCCGCUCCCUUGUAUGUCGAUGUCACAAAGAGGGUCAUAAAGAAAGGUCAUGAUGGUGAAGAAGUUACCGAAACUCAGGAUUUCACGAAGGUCUUCAUUGGGAAGGUUCCUAUAAUGCUCCGGUCCAGUUACUGCACAUUGUAUCAGAACUCAGAGAAAGAUUUGACUGAGCUUGGAGAGUGUCCUUAUGAUCAAGGUGGGUACUUCAUCAUCAAUGGGAGUGAAAAGGUUCUGAUUGCUCAAGAGAAGAUGAGCACCAAUCAUGUCUAUGUGUUUAAGAAGAGGCAGCCGAAUAAGUAUGCCUACGUGGCGGAAGUCCGGUCAAUGGCAGAGUCCCAAAACAGGCCACCCAGUACUAUGUUUGUGCGGAUGCUGUCUCGAACUAGUGCCAAAGGGGGCUCGUCUGGCCAGUAUAUUCGUGCUACCCUUCCGUACAUCCGGACAGAGAUUCCUAUUAUUAUCGUGUUUCGAGCAUUAGGGUUCGUCGCCGAUAAGGAUAUAUUAGAACAUAUAUGUUAUGAUUUUGCGGAUACUCAGAUGAUGGAGUUGCUGCGACCCUCUUUAGAGGAAGCAUUUGUCAUACAAAAUCAGCAGGUUGCACUGGACUAUAUCGGGAAACGAGGAGCCACUGUUGGUGUCACUAAGGAAAAGAGGAUUAAGUAUGCCAAAGAGAUCCUUCAAAAGGAAAUGCUUCCACAUGUUGGGGUUGGAGAAUAUUGCGAGACAAAGAAAGCUUACUAUUUUGGGUAUAUUAUUCACCGGCUUCUGCUAUGCGCACUUGGGCGAAGGGCAGAGGAUGAUAGAGAUCAUUAUGGGAAUAAAAGACUAGAUCUUGCUGGUCCUUUGCUCGGUGGCCUGUUUCGAAUGCUAUUCAGAAAGCUAACCAGAGAUGUCAGAGGUUACGUCCAAAAGUGUGUUGAUAAUGGGAAGGAUGUUAAUCUUCAAUUUGCAAUUAAAGCAAAAACGAUUACCAGUGGCCUUAAGUACUCACUUGCUACUGGGAACUGGGGUCAGGCAAAUGCGGCUGGUACCAGAGCUGGAGUUUCACAGGUGUUAAAUCGCUUGACGUAUGCCUCCACUUUGUCACAUUUACGAAGACUAAAUUCUCCUAUUGGGCGUGAAGGGAAAUUGGCAAAACCACGACAGUUGCACAAUUCGCAGUGGGGAAUGAUGUGCCCUGCGGAAACACCUGAAGGACAAGCAUGCGGUCUGGUGAAGAACCUUGCAUUGAUGGUGUAUAUAACUGUUGGAUCAGCAGCAUAUCCUAUUUUGGAAUUCUUGGAAGAAUGGGGUACUGAGAAUUUUGAGGAAAUAUCUCCGGCGGUUAUUCCCCAAGCUACAAAAAUCUUUGUCAAUGGUUGCUGGGUUGGUAUUCAUCGCGAUCCAGAUAUGUUGGUGAGGACGCUUAGACGGCUGAGGAGACGGGUUGAUGUCAAUACUGAAGUUGGGGUUGUUAGAGAUAUCCGCUUAAAGGAACUGCGGAUAUAUACCGAUUAUGGCCGUUGCAGUCGUCCCUUGUUCAUCGUGGAGAAACAAAGGCUUCUUAUAAAAAGGAAGGAUAUUCAAGCAUUACAACAGAGGGAAACACCAGAAGAUGGUGGCUGGCAUGAUCUAGUGGCGAAGGGAUUCAUAGAAUACAUUGAUACAGAAGAAGAGGAGACUACUAUGAUUUCCAUGACUAUUAAUGAUCUCGUUUCUGCUAGACUCAAUCCAGAGGAGGCUUAUUCUGAAACUUAUACCCACUGUGAAAUUCACCCGUCGCUGAUUUUAGGUGUUUGUGCUUCAAUUAUACCAUUUCCAGACCAUAACCAAUCCCCUCGUAAUACGUAUCAGUCAGCAAUGGGUAAGCAGGCCAUGGGUAUUUAUGUCACCAACUACCAAUUUCGGAUGGAUACGUUGGCUUAUGUGCUGUACUACCCUCAGAAGCCUCUUGUUACUACUCGGGCCAUGGAGCACCUUCACUUCAGGCAGCUUCCUGCUGGCAUUAAUGCCAUUGUUGCCAUUGCCUGCUAUUCUGGAUAUAAUCAAGAAGAUUCGGUUAUUAUGAACCAGUCGUCAAUAGAUCGUGGAUUCUUUCGAUCGCUUUUCUUCCGUUCUUAUAGAGAUGAGGAGAAGAAGAUGGGGACACUUGUUAAGGAGGAUUUCGGCCGUCCAGAUAGAGCCAAUACCAUGGGGAUGCGACAUGGUUCUUAUGAUAAAUUGGAUGAUGAUGGUCUUGCGCCUCCAGGUACAAGAGUUUCAGGGGAAGAUGUAGUUAUCGGCAAAACUACUCCAAUUGCUCAGGAUGAAGCUCAGGGUCCUGCUGCACGUUACACCAGGCGUGAUCAUAGUACGAGCUUGCGCCACAGUGAAACCGGGAUGGUGGAUCAAGUUUUACUGACAACAAAUGCGGAUGGGUUGAGGUUUGUUAAAGUAAGGGUGAGAUCAGUUAGGAUACCACAGAUUGGGGACAAGUUUAGCAGUAGGCACGGACAGAAGGGAACAGUUGGCAUGACAUAUACGCAAGAAGACAUGCCAUGGACCAUGGAAGGGAUCACACCCGACAUUAUUGUGAAUCCCCAUGCUAUUCCCUCUCGAAUGACAAUUGGGCAGCUCAUUGAGUGUAUCAUGGGUAAGGUUGCAGCUCAUAUGGGGAAGGAAGGGGAUGCGACUCCUUUUACAGAUGUCACGGUGGACAACAUCAGCAAGGCUCUUCAUAAAUGUGGGUACCAAAUGCGUGGGUUCGAGACCAUGUACAAUGGUCACACAGGGCGCCGCCUAACAUCUAUGAUAUUCCUGGGUCCCACAUACUACCAAAGACUGAAGCACAUGGUUGAUGACAAGAUCCAUUCACGUGGACGAGGGCCCGUUCAGAUCCUUACAAGACAGCCCGCUGAGGGACGGUCGCGUGAUGGUGGGCUCCGGUUUGGUGAGAUGGAAAGGGACUGCAUGAUUGCGCAUGGUGCCGCUCACUUUCUCAAAGAAAGGUUAUUCGACCAAAGUGACGCAUAUAGGAUUCACGUAUGUGAGCGUUGUGGGUUGAUAGCUAUUGCAAACCUAAAGAAGAAUUCUUUCGAGUGCAGAGGUUGCAAGAACAAAACCGACAUUGUUCAGGUUCACAUUCCUUAUGCCUGUAAGCUGCUGUUCCAAGAGCUAAUGUCUAUGGCUAUAGCUCCAAGAAUGCUCACAAAGGAUGUUAAACAAGCCAAAGACAAAAAGAAGAAAUAAGCCUGAAAACCUAAGCUGGCUGAAGACCAAAAGGAGUAGUAUGUUAUUACUUUGGCACCUCUGAAGUUAUUGCAUAUUUGCGUACGAGGUGCCUUUGUGCUUGCUCUAUUGUACAAACUUCUUACGGUACCUGACAGGGAUUUGUUACCCAUAUUUCCACAAAAAUGUUACGCUCCUAAAAAGUAGCUAGAUACUCAACACCAAAAUCAAAUCUGUAUUUGUACUAAUUCUCGGUAUUCUUUUUCAAGAUAUGGCAUUUCUGAUCACAUUGUUGAUGGAUGAAAAGCAUGAAUCCGGCGGCUUGUUAUACACUUUUCAGGACUAUGAGUGGAAACUUCAUUUGGAUGCUACUUCCUUUGUUUUUUAGAGAGCCUCCAAGGAGUUUUUGAAGGACUGGUGCUGCUACUGUCUUCAAGCCUUCAGCCUUUCGAGGGAAUUGAAGAAUCAAAUCUGUUUGGAGGAAUUUAGUGUUCAUAUUUGGCGUCAUAUAGGCGGAUACACGAAUGUGUUCAGUUUUUGCCACAGGGAAGUAGAAAAAUGGAGAGAACAUAAUUUAUGUACUUUUGCGAAAAUAUUUUCUGGACUUCCAAGUUGUAGUUGUGUUAGCUAGAUGGUUUGUAAUUGGUGUAUGCUGCAGAUGACAAUUUGGUUUCCAAUUUGGGACACAUGAAAAUUGUUUUAUGUGCAAGUUCCAACAUUUUGCUGCUUC